AUGUCACAGAAGCGGACAAUUGACGCAUUCUUUGCACCUGCUGCAAAGCGACCCCGUAACAACAUCGCCGGGGAAGAAAACAGUGUAGCAAAUCAAGAUGAGAUUACUCUCAAGUCACAACAUCCAAAAUACCCAUUUCCCAUUACUGAAUUGCCCACGUCAAUAAGCAAAGAGCUCUCAUCUCUGCCGGCUCGCCCUGCCCGUGUCAUCAACAACGAGCCAGACCUGGACCUCUUGUAUUUCGAGCCUUACAUCCCAGAUUACCUUGCUCGUCAGCUGUUUCAACAUUUAAGAGCAGAAUUGCCGUUUUACAGAGUAGAGUACCAAAUCAAACGAGGAGGCAUUGAGUCUCAGGUACGCACGCCAAGAUGGACAACAGUAUUUGGUCUUGAUGAAACAUCCAAAUUUGACGACAACGGCACCGUGAUAGAUGCAAAUACGGGAAUGAAGGUACCGCCCGAUAGACGCUAUGACAAAUGUCCUCCUCGACCACUUCCCAAAUUUCUCGAUGAGCUGCGCCAAUCUACUGAGGCGGCAACGGACUGCAAGUUCAAUUUCUGCCUAGUCAACUAUUAUGCCUCUGGUGCGGAUAGUAUUUCAUUCCAUAGCGAUGACGAAAGAUUUCUUGGUCACGAUCCCGCUAUUGCCUCCUUUUCGUUGGGCGCUCGACGGGAUUUUCUGAUGAAACACAAACCAGCACCUCCAAAUCAGGGAGAGAGUUCAGCUAUCAAAACAGGAGUGAUAAAAUUUCCACUGAAUAGCGGUGAUAUGAUCUUGAUGAGAGGGAAAACGCAAUCCAACUGGCUCCAUUCUAUACCGAAACGCACAGGAAAGAACCAAGACGAUGGGGGAAGGAUCAAUAUAACUUUCAGAAGGGCCAUGAUCAAAGGGGGAACAGAAAACUAUUACAACUAUAACGUCGGAAGUGGUCCCGUUUAUCGAUGGGAUAAGACGAGUGGUACCAUGAUGCUAGCAUGA